CUAGGUCGUACUUCCGGGUUGGUAUCUUGGGUGGGGGCGCAGUGAGCGGAUCGGUGUUUACUUUCUUGCGGUGGCGGGACUUUCGCUUCCUUAAAGAUCCAGCCCACCCCUUAAGCAAAGUUUCCAAGGGGCAGGGUUUCGCAGGAACAGUCAACUCUCGGUUUCACAUCCACGCGUUUCGCCUUGGUCUGAGAUUGUCUUGGCGUUUCUCCGAAGUAGCCGGUAUACGCGGAAGAGAUGUUUGAAGCUGCAGUGUCGGGGUUUGUGAAAGCGGUGGGGAAGAACUCCCUCCUCCCUGUUCCGGACCUGAACUCCGCCAACAAGUGCCGCCCGCUGCACGUGGCCGUCAAGAAGAACCCCAAAUGGUUCUGGCAGAGCGCAAAAUACCUGCCGACUUCCUUCAAGAUCCACCAAAUCCUCACCAAGACGGAAGAAAUAGACGUAAAUGUGGCUUGCAGGACUCUCGUAGAGUACAACAAGACGUCUCACUUCUCGGUGAAGGGUUCGGUCGGGUCUAAGAUCAUGAAGGAGGUUGACCUUGACGUGAGCGGGUCGGGCAUGGUGUCCAUCAAGGCCAGCUUCGGCAAGGUCAACAAGUGUGACGUGGACGUCCCGACCCUGAUGCAGGCCCUGGACAAAAGAUUUGUGGACUUUCGUCACGACUUUGUGCAGGAGGUCCGACAGAACCCCCGUAACGUGCUGUGUGUGGUGGUGGGGACGGCUUGUACAAUUAACCCUUCAGUGCUGAGCUCCGAGGAGGAUGUGGAAGGGAACCAGAAGGCCACCAUUGCCCUCGGUACCACGGCCAACAUUAACGAGGAAGGUGCGAUAAGCAACGAGACCGACAAGGUGUUUGACCUUCCCCCGGAGACGCCUCUUGCUUACAACGUGUGUGAGAUUCUUGUGAAGGAAGAUGGCGGCAUCGACCUGAUGUACACCAAAGAUGGGAGUGGGGGGUUUGCCGCCAAGCCGGGGGCAGGGGUCGUGCAGGCAGACGCGCCUCCAAACACAGAGCUUGCCCACACCAUGAAGCCUCUGCUGUCCUUGCCUGAGCAGCAGCGGAACAGCGUGACAUCUGCUGUCCUCAAGGUCAUGGAAGCACCAGCCGACCUGCCCGUGGUGGAGGAACUGCUGGAUGACGUUGUUGACGGCAGAAAACCAAAGCCCUUCGCAGAGUUCAAGUCCAAGUGCACCAACCCUGCCGCUGUCCUGGGCUUCCUGUCCGCCAUUGACUUCCAGAUGGACACAUCCUUCACAGAUGAAGACAAGGCCCUUAUUCGCUCUCUGGAUGCUCUAUUUGAUGGACUCCUAGUAACUGGAAUUAAAGUACCUAAGUAG